UUGAAUAACAGGAUUAGAUACAGUAGGUUAGAAUGGCUGCUUUUGUGUUGCUCUUGUAUCUUUUCUGCCUGGCAACAGCAGAAGCUGGGAAUAUUUUAGUUGUUCCUUCGGAUGGCAGUCACUGGACAGGUAUGAAGCCUUUGGUGGAGGAGCUUGGCCGUAGAGGAAACCAAGUGGUGGUCGUCAUCCCAGAAGCAAGUCUGAGCAUGGGUCCGUCUCAGCACACCACAACUCUGUCUUAUCCUGUGUCCUACACCAAAGCUCAGAUACAGGAGAUUGUGAAAGCCGGUGUUACAACUCUGAUAAGUACUUAUGUAUCUACAGAUCUGCCCAGGUUUCAGAGUUUCAUCAACAGAAUGAAUUCGCUUAGUAAUAUUAUAAUCCGCAGUGCUGAGGGUUUCCUCUCCAACAAAGACUUGAUAAAGAAACUGCAAGACUACAACUUUGAUGUCAUUCUCACAGAUCCAUUUGAGCUUGUUGGAGUCAUUGCUGCAGAAUAUCUCUCAGUUCCAGCCAUUUACAUACAGACAAGUCAUCCUUGUAAUGUUGACACUCUUGCCAGUCAAUGCCCAUCUCCACCGUCUUAUGUUCCACAUAUCUUAACUCACUUUUCUGACCGCAUGAAUCUUUGGCAAAGAAGUGUAAACUUUAUAAGGACUCUUAUUCAGCCCAUGGCCUGCAGACGGAUGUUCACUCGUGCAGAUGAAAUCGCUUCACGUGUUCUUCAGAGAAAAACAUCUAUAAUGGACAUUAUGAGCCAUGCAGCUCUCUGGUUUGUGCAUUCUGACUUUGCUUUGGAAUUUCCUCAUCCAUUAAUGCCCAACAUGAUCAUUGUUGGAGGAAUGGACAACACGAAAGCAGAACCUUUGUCUCAGGAACUGGAGGAGUUUGUGAACGGCUCUGGAGAGCACGGGUUUGUUGUCUUCACUCUGGGCUCCAUGGUGUCACAGCUACCCGAAGCCAAAGCCAGAGAGUUCUUUGAGGCAUUUAGACAGAUACCUCAGAGAGUGUUGUGGAGAUACACUGGACCAGUCCCAGAAAAUGCACCAAAGAAUGUCAAAUUAAUGAAAUGGCUGCCACAGAAUGACCUCUUGGGCCAUCCUAAGGUUAGGGCUUUUGUUACACAUGGUGGAUCACAUGGAAUCUAUGAAGGAAUCUGUAAUGGAGUGCCUAUGGUGAUGCUUCCUCUGUUUGGAGACCAAGGGGAUAAUGCUCAGCGUUUGGUGUCUCGAGGAGUCGCAGAAAGCCUGACUAUCUAUGAUGUGACCUCCGAAAAACUGCUGGUUGCAUUGAAGAAAGUCAUCAAUGAUAAAAGCUACAAGGAGAAGAUGAUGAAGCUCUCUGCCAUUCAUAGAGACCGUCCAAUUGAACCACUGGACCUGGCUGUGUUCUGGACUGAGUUUGUCAUGAGACACAAAGGAGCAGAGCAUCUCAGACCUGCAGCCCAUGACCUGAACUGGAUUCAGUAUCACUCUCUGGACGUCAUCGGCUUCCUUCUUCUUAUUCUAUUGACUGUUAUUUUUGUGACUGUCAAAAGCUGCAUGUUCUGUUUCAGAAAGUGCUUCAAGAAAUCUCAGAAGAAGAAGAAGGCAUAAAAACAUGACAAAAUGUGAUAGUUUUGUGCCUUUUUUGUGGGGUGAUCAUGCAGGGAACAGUUUAAUUAUUUAAUUAAUAUUGUGUUUAGGCUCUAUACGACCCCAGACCCUCUUCAAGUGAAAAACAAAAAGUUGUUGUUUUUUCAGGACUUUUCUUAAUUACAUAAGAACUAUGAAAUUGAGACUUUAAAAUGUGCUUAUUACAUAAUUACAAUGUUUCUGUGUUUUUACUACUUUAAUGUCUUCAUGGCCUGGAUAAAUUACUUGAAUAAAGCCUCACAAAAUUA